AUGUUGUCACGCAGCAAGAACAGCAAUAUCAACAAUAUCAACAAUAUUAACAAUAUCAACAAUAUCAACAAUAUCAACAGCAACAGCAACAACCACAACAACGGCAACAUCAACAAUAUCAACAAUAUCAACAGCAACAGCAACAGCAACAGCAACAGCCGCGUCAACAGCGACAUCGAUGUCAACAUUGACAACAACAGCAUCGACAGCAACAACAGCAACAACAACAGCAGCAACAACAACAGCCGCCAACAACAAAAUAUCAACAAUAUCAACAGCAUCAACAACAGCAACAGCCGCGUCAAUAACAACAUCGACAUCAAUGUCAGCAUCAACAGCAACAGCAACAACUACAACAACAAUCGCGUCAGUAACAACAUCGAGAUCAUCAACAGCAUCAACAACAACAGCAACAGCUGCGUCAGCAACAUCGACAACACCGGCAGCAACAGCAACAACAUUGGCAUCAAUGACAUCAACAACAGCAACAGCCGCAUCAACAACAUCAACAAUAUCAACAACAUCAACAACAGCCGCGUCAACAACGACAUCAAUGCGCGGCCGGGCCGGGCGCGGUUCCCGGAUUUCGGCGGCGCCGCCUGCGGGCGCUGGUGGGAGCAGGAGCUGCGCCGCUUCCGCCGCAGCGUGCCCUUCGACGGGCUCGGCCUGGACCUGCACGGACCCACGAGCUUCGUGGCGGGCUCGGAGCGCGGCUGCGCCGACAACGGCUGGAACUUCCCCCCGUACAGCCCCGCCGCCGCUGACCGGCCGCUCUUCCGCCGCUCGCUCUGCCCGGACGCCGUCCACGCCUGGGGGCGCCACUACGACGUGCACAACCUGUACGGGCACGCCGCGGCCGCGGCCACGCACCGGGCUCUGCGGCGCCUGUGGCCCCAGCAGCGCCCCCUGCUGCUCUCCCGCGUCACCUUCGCGGGCUCCGCGCGCCUGGGCGGGCUCUGGGCGGGGCCGGGCGAGGCCUCGUGGGCGGGGCUUAGGGCGGCGGUGCCCGCCCUGCUGCGCGCGAGCCUGCGCGGCUUCCCCUACGCGGGCAGCUCCCUGUGCGGGGGCCUGGGGCCCUGUCCCGAGGAGCUCUGCCGGCGCUGGCUCCAGCUCGGCGCCUUCUUCCCCCUGGCGCGGAACCACAACCAGGAGCCCGGCACGGCGCAGGACCCGGCCGCGUUCGGCGCCCGCUCGCUGCUGCUCAACUCCACGCGGGCGCACCUGGGCACGCGCUACCGCCUGCUGCCGCACCUGUACUCGCUGCUGCAGCGCGCCCGCGCCACCGGGCACAGCGUGGCACGGCCCCUGCUGCACGAGUUCUACGCCGAGGAGGCCACGUGGGACGUGGACGCGCAGUUCCUGUGGGGGGCGGGGCUGCUCAUCACCCCCGUGCUGGAGCCCGGCGUGGAGCUGGUCCGGGCCUACAUCCCCGACGCCGUCUGGUACGAGUACGAGUCGGGCUCGCGGCUGUGGCUGCGGGGGCAGUGGACUCACCUGUACCUGCCCGGGGACCGCCUGGGGCUGCACCUGCGCGGGGGCCACAUCUUCCCGGUGCAGGAGCCGGCCACCACCACGGCCGCCAGCCGCAGGAACCCCAUGGGGCUGAUCGUGGCGCUGGACGAGAACCAGGAGGCGUCGGGGGAGCUGUUCUGGGACGACGGAGAAUCCGCCGACACCGUGGAGAACAACGCCUACAUUUUCUACCAAUUCCGAUUUUCCAACAACGUUCUGGAGCUCUCGGUGACGCGCGGCACCGAGUCCCUGGCACCGCCGGGGCUGGAGUUCCGGGAGCUGCGCGUGCUGGGGCUGCCGCGCGCGCCCCUCGGCGUCGCCGUCACCUCCGGCGGCGCCGCGGCCGCCACCGCGCCCGCCGUCAGCUACGACGCCGGCACGCGGGUGGCGCUGGUGCGGGGGCUGCGGCUGCGGCUGGGCCGCUCGCACGCGCUGCGCUUCACGCUGGGGACGCGCGAGCGCGACCGCUUCGACUGCCACCCCUGGGAGGGCGCGAGCCGCGAGAGCUGCCUGCGCCUCGGCUGCGUCUGGAACGAGAGCACGUCGGCGGAGCGCGUCCCCUACUGCCACUACGAGGGCCCCGAGAGCGGCUACGGCGCCUCCGACAUCCGCUACGGCGACACCGGCAUCGCCGCCGCCGUCACCCUGGGCUCCGCCCACAGCAGCCAUGGCUCCGCCCAGCGUGGCCACGCCCCCGGCAUGGCGCCCAUUGAGCGGCUGAGGGUGGAGGUCACCUACCACAGCGACCACCUGCUGCAGUUCAAGAUUUCCGACGCCUCGGCGCGCCGCUACGAGGUGCCGGUGCCGCUGGCGCUGCCGCCCGCGCCGAGCGCCUCGGCCCGGAGCCGCCUCUACGACGUCGAGAUCCAGGAUUGGCCCUUCGGCAUCCGCGUGCGGCGCCGCCGCUCCGGCGCCGUCCUCUGGGACUCGCAGCUGCCGACGUUCACCUUCAGCGAUCAGUUCCUGCAGAUCUCCACGCGCCUCCCGUCCCCGUUCGUCUACGGCUUCGGCGAGACCGAGCACGGCACGUUCCGGCACGACCUGAACUGGCACACCUGGGGGAUGUUCGCCCGCGAUCAGCCGCCCGGCUACAAGCUCAACUCCUACGGCUUCCAACCCUUCUACAUGGCGCUGGAAGAGGACGGCAACGCGCACGGCGUCCUCCUGCUCAACAGCAACGCCAUGGACGUCACCUUCCAGCCGACGCCGGCGCUCACCUACCGCACCACCGGCGGCGUCCUGGACUUCUACCUGGUGCUGGGGCCCACGCCCGAGGAGGUGGUGCAGGAAUACACCGCGCUGGUGGGCCGCCCGGUGCUGCCGCCCUACUGGGCCUUGGGCUUCCAGCUGUGCCGUUACGGCUACCGCGACGACGCCGAGAUCGCCCGGCUGCUGCGGGACAUGAGCCGGGCCCAGAUCCCCCUGGACGUGCAGUACGCCGACAUCGAUUACAUGGAGCGCCAGCUCGACUUCACCCUCAGCCCGCGAUUCCAGAACCUUCCGGCGCUCGUGCGCCAAAUCCAGAGCCAAGGAAUGCGCUUCGUCCUCAUCCUGGACCCGGCCAUCUCGGCCAACGAGAGCCACUACCCGGCCUACGAGCGGGGGCUGCGGAACGACGUCUUCAUCAAGUGGCCCGACAGCGACGACAUCAUCUUCGCCAAGGUGUGGCCGGACCUGCCCGACGUCGUCGUCAACGAUUCCCUGGACUGGGACACCCAAGUGGAGCUGUUCCGCGCCUUCGCGGCCGUGCCGGAUUUUUUCCGGAACUCCACGCGGGAUUGGUGGGCGCGGGAGAUCGCCGAGGUCUACGAGAACCCCCGGAACGCCUCCCUCAGCAUCAAAUUCGACGGCAUCUGGAUCGACAUGAACGAGCCGUCGAGCUUCGUCCACGGCGCCGUCGGCGGCUGCCGCGACCGCGCGCUCAACUUCCCGCCCUACGUGCCCCAGCUGGGCUGGCGCUCGGAGGGGCUGAGUUACAAAACCAUCUGCAUGGAGGGCGUGCAGCGGCUGCCGGACGGGAGCGCCGUGCGCCACUACGACGUGCACAACCUCUACGGCUGGGCGCAGACCGAGCCCACCCUGCGGGCGCUGCAGAACCUGACGGGCGAGCGCGGCAUCGUCGUCACGCGCUCGACCUUCCCGGGCAGCGGGCGCUGGGCCGGGCACUGGCUGGGCGAUAACACGGCCGCCUGGGACCAGCUGCCCCCCUCGCCCACCCCCACCAACGGCACCACCGCCGCUCCCCCCGCGCACCGCUCCGGCCUGACCGACCCCUUCUUCCUGGUGGAGACCAUCUGCAUCUGCUGGUUCUCGCUGGAGCUGCUGGUGCGCCUGGUGGCCAGCCCCAGCAAGGCGGCCUUCUUCCGCAGCGCCAUGAACCUCAUCGACCUGGCCGCCAUCGCGCCCUACUUCAUCGCGCUGGGCACGGAGCUGGCGCGGCAGCGCGGCAUCGGCCAGCCCGCCAUGUCGCUGGCCGUGCUGCGCGUCAUCCGCCUGGUGCGCGUCUUCCGCGUCUUCAAGCUGUCGCGCCACUCCACGGGCCUGCAGAUCCUGGGCCAGACGCUCAAGGCCAGCAUGAGGGAGCUGGGCCUGCUCAUCUUCUUCCUCCUCAUCGGCGUCGUGCUCUUCUCCAGCGCCGUCUACUUCGCCGAGGCCGAGGACGCCGCCACGGCCUUCACGUCCAUCCCGCAGGCCUUCUGGUGGGCCGUGGUCACCAUGACCACGGUGGGCUACGGCGACAUGGCGCCGGUGACGGUGGGGGGCAAGCUGGUGGGCUCGCUGUGCGCCAUCGCGGGCGUGCUGACCAUCUCGCUGCCCGUGCCCGUCAUCGUCUCCAACUUCUCCUACUUCUACCGGCGCGAGCUGCGCGGCGAGGAGGGCGGGCAGGCCGUGCCCGCCGCCCCCUGCCCGCACCACCCCGAGCCCCCCGGGGACGGCCCCGAGGGCCCCAAGGCGGGCGGGGGGCCCGGGGACGGCUGGGGGGUGGACGGGGAGGCGGGCGGAGAGAAGGGCUGGGGAGGGGGGAGGCUGGUGACCGAGGUGUGA